AUGGGAAUGCCAGGAGACAAAGCGUUUGCCGAGUUCCUGACCGACGAGAUAAAAGAGGAGAGGAAGAUCCAGAAGCACAAAUCGCUGCCCAAGAUGUCGGGCGGCUGGGAGCUGGAGGUCCACGGCACCGAGGCCAAGCUGCUGCGCAAGGUCGCCGGCGAGAAGAUAACGGUUACAUUCAACAUCAACAACAGCAUCCCGCCAUCUGUGGAGGAAGAGGAGGAAGAAACGCGAGGGCAGCAGAAACCUGAUGAGCAGGAGCCUGAUAUUACAUCGACUCCCAACUUUGUAGUGGAAGUAAUAAAAGACGAUACAAAACAGACCCUUGUUCUUGACUGCCAUUAUCCUGAGGAUGAGGUUGGACAGGAGGGAGAGGACGAAAGUGAUAUUUUCACGAUUCGAGAGGUCAGCUUUCAGCCCACGGGAGAAUCGGACUGGAAAGAAACCAACUACACCCUCAAUACAGAUUCCCUUGACUGGGCCCUGUACGAUCACUUAAUGGAUUUCCUGGCUGAUCGAGGCAUAGACAACACAUUUGCUGAUGAGUUGAUUGAGCUCAGCACUGCACUGGAGCACCAGGAGUACAUUAAAUUCCUUGAAGACCUUAAAAGCUUUGUCAAAUGUCAAUAGAUAAGGCUAGGAAACUAAUCUUCAAAUGUGGGUAUUCCACAGCAGUGGUCCAGCCAGCAAUACCCCAGAAUAUCUUCACAACAGAUGAGAGUAACUUCGAAUUUAGGGAUGAGAAUUGUGGGAAAAUGAGGAUUCUCAAAUAUUUAGGGGAAUUUUUAUUUAUGUCGCAGCCCAGAUCAAGUUCUGUAACGUUGUCUGGAAUUGCCUCAUCCCACUUGAGUGUUUUUGUACAAUUAUGAAUGAAUGUGAAGAAUAAAAAUCUGUUCAACA